AUUCAAUUCAAUUUCCGCGAAAACGACACUUUCAACGUCAACAUGGCCACUUAUUCCGACGGGUGGAACUCAUGGAACUCACAAUCCAAUCGGUACACUUCAACACCAGGACCUCAGCUAGUCGUUCUUUCUGGAUCGUGGGAUUCUGAGGCAGAAACUUCUGAACUCAUGGAAUACGAGCUUGCUGAGGAUGUGGCAUUGGCGUUAUCGGAGAUGCGAGCAUCUAACCUGCGUCAAUCUGAUAUUAUACUAAGACCCGAAUUGGAGGAAAUUGCCUCAGCGAUGGAAGUCGAUUAUGGAGUGCGGCCCCAGCCCGUCAUGUUCACCGACCCACAAAGUAACGCUCGAUAUUCUGACAGUUUCCUUCAUUGGGGAUGGGGCACGUCACCAUUGUUCCAGACACAAAUGUCAUGAUAUCGUGUCUUGCUCUGGUUGAUGAACUCGUCAAAUUCAUUUAUUUGAACAAUGAUAUGUUCAUGUCUAUCUUGCUGCCUGGUAUUGUCAUGGCCGAACUUGACGGAUUGCGAAAGAACGCUUCGCGUUCGUGUCAAUCGGAAGCGCAGGAGGCAAAUAAAUGGGCUGUCAGCGAGCUCAUGAAAAAAGGCGCUGUCCGAGGACAACGUGAUUCUGCAACUUUGGUCGACAGUGGCUCUUGGCGCAACUAUUAUUAUCAAUCCGGGAAAGAAAAUCCUGACGGUUUCAUCAUCGAUUGUGUAUUGUUCGAAUGGAUGCAGGCACCUAGUGGUCGAUGGACGGUUCUCACUAUGGAUCAAAAUUGUGCCGCCCAGUGUUUAUCAAACGGAGUUCCUAUCGCCAGCCGCACCCUAAUUGGACACUUCGUGACCUGCUCAGGGAAGCCCCCUUAUGCAAUGGGUCAGAAUUAUACACGCUCUGCCGGAAACCGACGAAAAAGUGGUCAAAGGCGAAGAGAUCGAAGCCCUGACUGGGCACGGGCUGCAUCGCAAACUCAAGCGCCUCGCAAGAUUCCUGAAAUGCCCUCGAAUAAUGACAUUGCGGCGGGGAUGGACCUCGACGAAGAGAUGCGACCCUCUUCGGUAUCUGAAUAUGCUAUAGAUCCCAGGGACGAACUUCGAGACCAACUGAUCGCUUACCUCCAAUCGGCUCUUUACCCGAUAGUGGAAACAACCAUCGAAUGUUACCAUAAAUUGCAGGAUCAGUUCUCACAGAAAACCGAAGGAUCGUCGGAUUCGAUUCAUGCUCGACCACCUCUCGCUGAUCGCAAGAGCUCAUCCUCUCGUACUUCCCCGAAGCCCUCUCUUCCGCUGCCCCCUAUCUCUUCCGUGGAGCAUGAGAGAUGGUCCUUAUCGCAAUGUGUUGAUUUUCUUUCAGAAUGGCGACCAAUAUCUGAGCGAGAUAGACCUACCAAACCUAUUCCCUUCACUGCUCAAGAAAAGAGCUCGUUAUCAUCCCUCGCUCAUUUUGUUCAAUGUGGUAAUCGCCGGGGGCGAGAGUUUGCACGUGGAGAUUGGGACAAAGUCUGCGACGGCUUGAAAAUUCUUUGUCCUGGCGUUCAAGAUGUUUUUGAGAAGGCUGUGAAGGAGGCAUUCGAUGCACUAUUGGCACGAUAAUCAGUCGGACGUCGUUUUCGCUCAUCUUGAGCAUGAAUUUGGCCAAUCAACACUUCUUAACACCCUUGUUCGCGUGCAGUUUGUAAUGCGCGAAGCACAUUCAAUUUGUAUCAUAAGUAGUCGUAUAUUCGAAGUCUAGAUCAGCGAUGUAUAUACGUAUAGAGACACUUCU